UUAGGAGGGAACAUUGGGUCCUGAGAGCCUGGGUCCUUGGCAUUACUUGGCUCUUCUUCCGUGGAAGACUUGAAGACAGAAGGGUGCUCUGCCCCAGUUGACAAGCCCCCAUUAAGAAGGGAGUGGUUUGGUGGCAGUCUUGAUUUUUCCACCAUAUUUCUGUGCAGAGCUCUGAGCUCUUCACACUGACCUAUGGUGCUCUGGUCACUCAGCUGUGCAAAGACUAUGAAAAUGAUGAAGAUGUGAAUAAACAGCUGGACAAAAUGGGCUAUAACAUUGGAGUCCGACUGAUAGAAGAUUUCUUGGCACGGUCAAAUGUUGGGAGGUGCCACGACUUUCGGGAAACUGCAGAUGUCAUCGCCAAGGUGGCGUUCAAGAUGUACUUGGGCAUCACUCCGAGUAUCACCAAUUGGAGCCCUGCUGGUGAUGAAUUCUCCCUCAUUUUGGAAAAUAACCCCUUGGUGGACUUUGUGGAACUUCCUGAUAACCACUCAUCCCUUAUUUAUUCCAAUCUCUUGUGUGGGGUGUUGCGGGGAGCCUUGGAGAUGGUCCAGAUGGCUGUGGAGGCCAAGUUUGUCCAGGACACCCUGAAAGGAGAUGGUGUGACAGAAAUCCGGAUGAGAUUCAUCAGGAGGAUUGAGGACAAUCUCCCUGCUGGAGAGGAAUGACCAGCCCCAGGUCUGCGGGCAGCCAGCAGGGGCACUUGUUGGAAUCAGAAGGCCUCAUUGCUCCCUCUGUCCUCUAGAACUCAGUGACUCUUUAUAACACGGGUGUUAUAUAUUCUUCUAACCUUGUUUCCAUUCUCCAUGCUAAUAAAGAGCAGAUUGAUAGAGUCUAUUUGCUCCACAAGUGUGCAUAUUCAGGAGGGAAAUUCUUUGCUCCCUUUUUCUUCAAGGAUGUAGUCAUCCUUGGUUGGACUAGAAAGAGCUCAAGCCAUUUUACAUUCCUGUUUGAAUUUUCCAAAGCAAAGCCCACUCUGACCCAUUACGCGGCAGUCUACUCCUGGGCCUUCAGACAGCCGUUCGUAAAUGACUCUAGGAAGCCAGGGUUGUGGGCUGGGGGAGGAGAGCUGGCGGGGGUGGGUGGUGUUGCUAGCUGCAGUGUGACAUACUCCAGAGCUUGCCAGGAAAGGGGAGCCAGUCGUGCGGGAAACACUGACUUCUGGGAAGCCACCCAGAUCUCAUGCCUCCCUGCUGUUAGGAGGCAACAUCUCCUCUUUUUACAGAGGGUCCAUCCUUUUUUCUUACAAGUUCUUCAAUAAAGACAGAUUCUUGAAUGAAAUCCCAA